AUGUCUGUGGGUCAUCCUCCCCAUCUGCGUCACCAUCAUCACUGGCUGCCAGAGAACAUCUCUCUCAUGCAUAACACUUCAACCUCCACCACAGACGCGUACACCUACUCGUUCACUGACUCGGCUCUCUUGUGGAACGACUCAUAUAACCUCACUGAGUCGACUCCCGUAGUGAACGGAUCACGGUCUGGGGUGGACCCGGUGGUGUUCAUCUACGCGUCUUCCUUCCUCAUCGUCUUCUGUACAGUUUCUCUUGCUGUUAACGUCGUCAUUCUGAGCUCAGUCUGCUUCAUGAGAUCCAGGAUCUACCCAACUCUCUACAUCAGCCUGAGUCUCGCCGGCGCAGACACCUUCUCCUUGUUCUUCUACGCGCUGGGGCUACUGUUCUUCACGUUGCUGCCGCGCCUAGGCGUGCGGUUUGACACACCCUGUGCCAUGCUGAUGUUAGAGGCGCUGCGGAUGGGCGCUAUCAUGACCACCCUGUUCCACCUGGCUGCUCUAGCAGGCAACCACUACCUGGGCAUCCUCCUCCCUCUGCACUACCCUGUCUACAUGGCUCGCAGGAACAUACAGUACUGCAUCAUAGUUCUGUGGACCAUCCCGUCCUCUCUACUGGUGCUCGACAUGUUCUUCCUAGAAGGAGAUGGCUUCAAGAUGUGCCCUUAUCACUUUUUGAAGAGGUCCAAGUUCCGAACGCGGUUCUCCAUCCCUUUCUUCACAACGCUGGGUAUGAUGAUCUUCAUAUAUCUCCACAUCUACAAGCUGGUCUGCAAACACCAGAAACAGCCUCUGAAUGGGAAAUACCAAGGACGCAGAUGCUACACGAGGAGAUCCGGAGGCUUCUCCAGCAGCCAGGUAAACGAGAAGGCUAUUAUAACCACUCUGAUGAUCCUGGGCUCAACCAUCUUCGGCUGGGCACCAGCAUUUACGUACUACGCCCUGUUCUGCGAGGACUGUCUGUUCGCGGACUACUGGAACUUGCAAACACCGGGGGAACUGGCGGUGCUGCUGGUCAUCAACUUCCUCAUGAUCUGCAAAACGGCCACCAACAGCUACAUAUACGCCUUCCGCAUGAAGGAGAUCAAGAUAGCACUGCGCCGGAUGAGACGCAGACUGCUAAUGUGUCUCUUCACCAACCAAAUAGACUUCGACCAGUCCGACUGGACGGCCGGAGGGUUGACCAGGACCACGAGUCGUCAGUCCACCUCCAGGAGUCGCACCUUCGUCUACAGGAUGAACUCUCUGCAGGACUCUCAUGUGAACAACGGUGUGGCCAAACUAUCUCCCGUUGACCCGUCCAUGAGACGUUGUCGGUCCGCGAACUUUACCAGAAACAAGAGAUGCAACACUUCAGUGUAGCACUAUAUAUGUUUGUAAAUACAUGGGUUAGGUAUUUGUGAUAUGAAAAGCAUGGAGGAGAAGAAAAG